CGUAUUAAAAACUGGUAUGGGACCCUAAAAAAUAAAUGAGACCAACAAUAUCGAAAAUAUAGAAGAUGCAUCAUUGCCGCAUCCAUAUAAAACGUAGUUUAUCAAUGAACAUAAACUACUGCGCUGUGCGAGGCGACUCAUUUUCACUACGCCCGGCAAGUUGGUACGAUACGAUCGUGUGUUGUGGACUCGGCAAACAUUGGAAGUCAAGAACUCAAAAUGGUGAUGAAAUUGUACAAAAUGGACUUCAGUCCCCCAGUGAGGGCAGUUCUAAUGGUGAUCGAGGUUCUAGAAAUACCAGAUGUGGAAAUGAUCGACCUUAACCUGUUCAAAGGUGAACAGUUCAGUGAAGAAUAUUUGAAGAUAAAUCCUCAACACACCAUACCCGUAUUGAUUGACGAUGACGUCACUAUUUGCGAGAGCCACGCAAUUGUCACGUACUUAGUCGAUAAAUAUGGGAAAGACGACACUCUAUACCCUAAAGAUCUGAAGAAAAGGGCUCUGGUCAAUCAACGGCUGUAUUUCAACAGUGGAAUUUUAUUCCCCUGCGCACGAGGAGCAGGAUCACCAUUAAUAUUUAAAGGAGCAAAAGGAUUCAGCCCAGAAUCCAUAGAAAGCAUUAAGUCAGGUUAUGUAUUCGCCGAAAGGUUCCUAUCUCGCACACCGUGGAUGGCUGGAGAUCAUAUGACAUUGGCGGAUAUCUGUUGCGUGAGCACCUUAUCUUCAAUGGACGCAGUAAUGCCUAUUGAUGAGGCUACACACCCGAAUCUUUGCAAAUGGUUGAAGCGGUGCUCCGAAUUUGAUUUCUACAAGAAACGUAAUGUACCUGGAUUGGAGAUCAUGCGUGGAUACGUCACGGCGAGAUUGGCAGAAAUUGCAAAAGAACAAGCAUAUAUCAUGGGUUUAAAACUGUACAAGAAAGAUACCAGUGCUCCGUGUAGAGCCGUCUAUAUGGUUAUAGAACUACUGAAAAUACAGGAUAUUGAAUAUGUUACUAUGAAUCUUAAAGGGCGUGAUCAUUUCACGGAUGAAUAUUUAAAGCUGAACCCUCAACAUACGAUACCCACACUUAUAGAUGGUGAUUUUGCCAUUUGGGACAGCCACGCCAUCACAACGUACUUGUUGAACCAAUAUGCAGUUGAUGACUCUUUGUACCCAAAAGAUCCUAAAAAGAGAGCAAUAAUAGAUCAGAGACUACAUUUUGAUAACGCCAUAUUGUUUGGAUCUCUACGUGAGACUAUGGUGCCUGUUAUUUACGAUGGCGAGAAAACUUUGAGACCCGAAAAUGUAGAUAAAAUAAAAUCAGGAUACGAUUUCAUAGAAUCAUUCUUCACUGGACCCUGGCUUGCGGGAGAUUCUUUAACACUUGCAGAUAUCUGCUGCGUGGCUACCAUCAGCUCUUUGAAUGAAGUUAUACCUAUCGAUAAGAAACAGUAUCCUAAAUUAACCGCAUGGUUUGAAGAGUGUUCGAAACAAGAAUUCUACAAGAAAGCCAACGUACCAGGACUGCUCCUCUUCCGAGAAAUGGUUAAAAGUGCUGAGCUUGAAUAAAAAUUAUGUUUCAUUCUUAAAUAAAGAUUAUACAUAUUAGUA